AUGUGCUACAAGACCAACUACGAGCCUUACACAAGCCAAAGUCAAAGCUUCGACAUGACUCGCGAACGAUCAUCAGAAGAGAUCCUCUACCCAUUGGGAUCUCUCUACCCACACGUCGUGGCCCUCCAACUCCAAGCCGAUGAGAACCCAUGGGCGCAGAACAACAACUUCUCCGGAUACCACGAUAUCAGCUACUGGACCGAGAUCUCUUCUGAAGGCCCGGCGGAGGAUUACUCCAGACCCAGACCGAGUACCGCACGCAGGUACAGUGACUCCACAGCUCUAAAGUUUGUUUCCAGAAUACGACGAUUCCUCAGCCGAGACGAGAUGCGCAGACGCCAGCGACAGGCUUGA